CACUCUAUUGCGGAUGGAUCAACUAAACUCUUUAUUUAAUUCACUUUCCAUCAAUUUUCCUCUCCAUCUCUCUUCCCGUUUAUAAACAACUCCACUUCCCUCACACAUACCCACAAUUUGUCGCCAUGGACGACGAAACCUGCUUCCCCGACACUGAUCUCGAUCUCAGCUUCACCUCCACCGCCACCGACCGCACCUUCGCCUCCUCCAGCGCCCGGUCUAGUCUCGCUCUCAGCUUCAACGAAUCCAUCCUUUACUCCAACGCCUCAACGCCUUCAAACACCAACGCCGCUGCAAAUACAACAGUAAGUCGUAAAUGGGAUCCUCAUUGGUCAGCUAUUAAGGCGGCCACGACGCUCUCAUCCGACGGGAAGCUCCACCUUAAGCAGCUCAAACUUGUCCGCCACCUUGGCACGGGAAACCUAGGCAGAGUCUUCCUCUGCCACCUGAGAGAUUGCAGCACGUCGACGUUCGCGCUCAAAGUCAUCGACAAAAAUUCCCUCAGUUCCAAGAAACUCUCUCACGUUCAAAUGGAGGCCGAUGUUCUCUCCAUGCUCGACCACCCGUUUCUCCCCACACUCUACGCCCACCUCGAAGUCUCACACUACACUUGUUUACUAAUCGACUACUGCCCCAACGGCGACCUCCACUCUCUCCUCCACAAACAGCCCCGCAACCGCUUCUCAAUCAAAGCCGUCAAAUUCUUCGCUGCGGAAACGCUGGUCGCUUUGGAAUAUCUCCACGCUCUCGGCAUCGUUUAUCGCGAUCUGAAACCGGAGAACAUUCUUCUACGCGAGGAUGGACACAUCAUGUUAUCGGAUUUCGAUUUGUGUUUCAAAGCUGACGUGGUUCCCACUAUUCAAAACCGGGCUCAUCGGAUAAGCGAUAAGUUCCGACGCAGAAAGAACCGGUGCAAUUGUUUCGGCUCAGCCUCGAACCACCGCGAACUGAUUGAAAUGGAGGAGGAGUUUGUGGCGGAGCCGGUGACGGCAUUUUCAAAGUCUUGUGUUGGUACGCAUGAGUAUUUGGCGCCGGAGUUGGUUUCUGGCAAGGGUCACGGUAACGGAGUAGAUUGGUGGGCGUUCGGGAUUCUUAUACACGAAUUGUUGUACGGUGCGACGCCGUUGAAGGGAGAAAGCAAAGAGAGCACACUGCGCAAUAUAGUAUCGACCAAAGAGGUGAAAAUCCACGUGGACGAAAAUGAAGAGGAAGGAGUGGCAGAAGCUCGAGAUUUAAUUGAGAAGCUGUUAGUGAAGGACCCAUGGAGGAGGCUAGGAUGUGCCAGGGGUGCGACGGAGAUUAAACGUCACCCAUUUUUUGACGGGGUUAAGUGGCCGUUAAUAAGGAACUACAAGCCUCCGGAAGUUCGAGGGCUGGUGAGAAGAACCAGGUCGCACGUGAGUGGCACGGUUAAUACUGUCACCCACAAGAACAGGCGGUGCUGGUGGAAGAAAAUUUUCCUUUUAGGGAAGAAAAACAAUAAGGGAUUUAAAAGUAAUUUAUUUAAUUUAAAUCACCAACAAAAUUACAGUAAUUACUAUAAAUAUUCCUACGUUAAUAAUAGUAAUAAAAAUGGGAAAUUAUUUUAGUUUUUAUUUUUUUUAAUUAGAUCAGAAAAUUUAGUGAGUUUUGGAUGGUAAAGAAGAGGGAGGUUUGAGGGAUUUUUAUUUUUUUUUAAUACAAGGAUGUGAUUUAUUGUAUAUUAAUAAAAAACUAUAUAUAAGAUUAAUUUUUAGUUGCU